CGCGGGCAGCCAAUGAGCGGCGGGCGCUGGGGGGCCGGCGGGGGCACUCUGGGAGUGGCGGUUGUUUCAAGAUGGCGGGGGUGGCCGCCGGGCCGGGCGGAGGAGCAUCUACAAAAGGAAAUUUAAGAACAAGGGAUUUGCCAAAAUAUCAAAAAAGUGAAACUGAGCUAAAGGUGCCUGUAGCUGUUGCUUCUGUUUCCAGGGAUUCUGUUAGAAGGACAGGAGAUCUGACAGGGCAGCAGGUCACUAAUGAAGGAGGAAUGAAGAGUGCUUCUUUAAAGGACUUGUGUCCUGAGGACAAGAGGCGCAUUGCAAACUUAAUUAAAGAACUUGCCAGGGUAAGUGAAGAAAAGGAGGUGACAGAAGAACGGCUGAAAGCUGAACAAGAGUCAUUUGAGAAGAAGAUCAGACAGCUAGAGGAACAGAAUGAACUUAUCAUCAAGGAAAGGGAAGCUCUGCAGCAGCAGUACAGAGAAUGCCAGGAACUUUUGAGCCUUUAUCAGAAGUACCUAGCUGAGCAGCAGGAAAAGCUAUCACUCUCCCUUUCUGAACUCAGUGCUGCCAAGGAAAAGAAUCAGAAGGUAUCCAGCAAGAAGAGCUUAUGCCAACAACCAUCUUUGGAGCUAGACAGUUCCUGCUUGGGUAUUGGGGGACCUCAAACUUCUCAUAAGAACAGUAGAGCAUCAAAGGCUGGAAGCCCAGCCCGUGUUGCAUUGUCUCAGCCUUGCAGGAAUAAUCAUGAUUACAGGACUGAAAUCCAUUACAACCAUCAGGAGCAUCUGAAGGAAUAUCCAGUAGAAAAUGGCUUGCACAGAAAGUGUAACAAUAUGAUUUCCCCAGCCAAGCAGAGGAGCCCUCACCGCAUAAAACCAGCUCAGAAGAUGGACCAGAAAGCAAAUGAAUUUCAGAGCACAUGCCCUCAGCAAGUGAGUCACAUCUGUGCCUGCAGGCAUGUAGGGAGUUCAGGGAGCGUGCAAGAGAGCCACCAUGUCAGCCAGGUACUUAGAAGACACUCUGGGUCAGUUCACAAAACCUGUGAUUAUUCUCGAGUUUCUGGGCUGAAUGACAGCGUGGACUCAUGGCCUAAAGAAACAGAGCAGGCCAAAAGGUUGUAUGAAGAAAGAAGGCAGAAGCUGCUUCUGCAGAAAAUGGAGCUGGAAAUUGAGAAGGAACGACUCCAGCAUUUGUUGACGAAGCAAGAAGCAAAACUGCUCCUAAAACUACACCAGUCCUGUAUGGAUUUUAACAGAUUUAAAGACAACAUACAGGGUUCAGAAUCUUUGCCCAUUGAUGAAGCACCUGGAGAACUUGCUCUGAUGAUGAACAGCAACAGCAUGGGGCAAAGUGUACCAGUGUUGAAACAUGAAGAUUAUUUUCCAAGGACACCUGCAGUGAGCAAAACCUCCAGAACACCGAGGAGUAGUGGUGGGAGCAGUUCGGGGAAGAAAAUGGUUGGUUUUGGUGCAAACGUGGGAGAUGGGCAAACCUUUUUGAUGCAAACCAAGAAGGAAGGCACCAAGUCAAGGGAAGGGAUAACUUCAGGACCUAGGAAGGAUGCAGCCGCAUUUCCUGAGCUGAUAGGCAGUAGCAAAGAGCUUGCAGCCACAGCCACAUCACCAAUCCAGCAUGACAAUUCGUGGUACAAAGCCUGUCUUCUUGACCUGGUUGAAUCUAUGAGUCCGAUACAUGCUCCAGGACACCUCUGCAGAGAAUCUUACAAAAAGAAGAAAAUGCACCCACCUCGUCAUGUGAGCCACGGGCCGUCGAAUUGGUACCAGACCCCUUGCAGCUCCAGAAGCAAAGCAGAUGAGCUAGAGGAGAGCCGGCUCCUUGAGGAGAUUUUCUUCAUUUGACACACCUCAUUGGUCUACAGCCCUUCUGUAGAAUUUUUAGGACCUUUUUAUUGCUGAUUUGUUUGUGCUAAAGCACCAUUUUUAAAUUAUUUGAGUGACAACUGCUUCUCUUCCCUCUUCUAGCUAAUAGCUAAUUAGCAUCCAGUUUCAUUUUGGAUUUAAUCGUGAUCAAAGAAUGUUGUUGGGGGUCAACCAAUCAGAAAGUGUUAACUUUUUUUCUAAACCUUUCAUGUGCCAAGUAAUCAUUCUAAAAUAGAAAUUUUUUUAAUCUACAACAUUUUCUAAUAGAUUGAAGUCACAGUUUUGCCAGCCUCAUAUCGGAAGUAUAUUUCAUUAUCGAUUUUUAGCUCUAAAGCAGUUUGCAAGAAUGGCCUAACAUUCAAGAACCACAACGUUCAAAGCAGAUUAUUUUCUAAUUAAACAAGCCUGUUUAAAACCUGGCAUAUUAUAAAGCUACAAGCACUUUAGUACUUUUUUCAAUGAUUUUAUGAUCUGCUUUUUCCUUCAACACUAUGAUAUUUAACAAGCUGGUUUUUUAGAGGUUAUAUCAUAAACUCACUAUAGAGUGUCUAGUAACAUUAACAGACGAUGUUGCAGGUUGAUGUACUACACAUCUGUUUAAAUAUAUUCCUCUUUAAAUCAGCACUAUUUGACAGAGUUUAUGUGCUGGGUAACCUAACCCUGAAAUAGCAGAACACAGACAGAAAGUGUAGUGGUCCAAAACCUAUUUGAUGUAGUUUUCAAGAUGAAAUAUAUAGUAGUGGUAGUAUAAGAACAGUCUUAAGACAUUUUCACUAACUUGCACUAUUUUGAUCCUGUAUCCAGGCUCCAUUGUAAAUAAGACAAAUCAGUAAUUAUUUCCACUAGCGGCUCGCAAGGCACAUUUCCCUACUGGCUUUAAUUAUUCAUGCUGUAUCUAUUUCAGUUUAUUUAAAUGCACUUCCAUCUACUGCCUGUACUUGGUUAUUUAAAGAAAUGUGCCGAAUUGGUAAAAAUGACUGCAGAUUACAGGAUUAAUGGUCAUUUUCUCCACAAUGCAGUGUUCAUAUUUUAUUGUAACAGUAGCCACCGGCAUGUGUUCCUAGAAAUAUGAAGCUAAAAUACUCAUUUUGCACAGUAAAAUUGCAGCAAGGGAAAGGUAGAAUUAAGCCAGUACGGGCAAGUUCUAGGCCAUUUGCUCCCAAACACCACUUCGUGGGCCAGUACAGCUUUUCCAACAGUCUCUUUAGGUAACCCUGCUUAUCUUAAUGGCAGCAAGUGGCUGUACUUAUCCUUGGGGUACUGCUGUUGCCUGCCUCCCACAUGCUCGCUCCUGUGCAGCAUUUGGUGCUCUGAGAGGAGCUAGCGCAGCUCUGCAGUGAGGCCCGAGCACCAGUGCAGGAUAUCUAGCACGCGCCCCUGGCAGCACCGUGCUCUUAUAGCGGUGAAACAAAAGGAGAAUGAAGGGGAAGAUGAACCUCAGGUUACUCUGAGCUGUUUCAUUCAGGCCCAGACUUAAUCACAAAUUAGGGGAUAUCCUUUCCUUGCAUCCUAACUGAAUUUUAAAAGCUUCUUGGAGGAGUUUAAAGGAGGACAGCAGCAUUACUGGAGCAGAAAUUGACUAUGGAAAGGCCCCACUUGGUCUGCCUGGCUGUCAGUGAGGUAUUAUAGUUCUUUCCAAUAUGUCUGUCUGCUGUUUAAUGUCCUCCUUGUUCUGCUCCCUGAGCCUGUGAAGGCACAGGUUUCUGCCUAAAGCCCUAAAGAUGUAUUCAGUGCCCUGACCCAAAUAUAGCAGGUGGAAAAAUAGGUUUUCUCAUUCUGCUGGCUGAGUAGUCUGUUUCUUUAAGAUGGCAGAAGAGGGAGGGGAAGGGAAAGAAAAAUGUACAAGGAAUAAUUGUGGCAAACCAUGAAGAAAUGACCAUCACAUAGAUCUUAAGGUUUUAGGUUGGGUUUUGGUGUUUUUUAGUGUUGUUGGGGAUUUUAUUUGUUAAGGAUUGACAUUUAUAAAGAAACCAUUUUCUGAUUUAGGUCCAAUUGCUUCUCUUCUCUUUUCCAGUUUGACUGAAGCUUUAAUUGCUUUUUCUAAUAAGUGCUAACUGACCUUUGGAAACAGCAAAAAAUACAUGUAUAUCUCUUGAAAGGUGCCUUUAUGUACCCAGUCGAGAACACCGCAUGGGAGCGUUCUGUUCUUUGGUUCUUUAUGGGUGCCAAUUUUUAGCUGCUUUAGGAUUCCUUAUGAUCCAUUUUGUUCAUUAACAAUUCUAAUUCUGACAGUGACUUUUGACUUGAAUCUAUAUUUUGGUAGUAGCUCUUUUUAAAAGGACGUUUUCAGGGUUGUGAGCUCUAUGCUCAAGGUGCUGUCCAUCAGUCAGAGCUACAUGGGAAGCAUACCUUUAUGAAGCCAAGAAUUCUAGAAUUAAGGUGGUUGACAUGUCUGAUGGGUGAAGACCUGCCUGUUUUAACUGCCUGUAAGAUGUGAGUGAAGAAACAAAGCUAUUAAUUUGGUAGACCCUGUGAAAAAUCAUUUUUUAUAGUGCUGGCUCUUGCUCUAGUUAUCUGCAGUACAUUAGGAAUACCGUUUAGCAGUCAGUGCAAGCAAAGAUAUUUUGCCAUGAGGCACUACAAAGUUGAAGUUAUUAAAACAUUUAUAGCCUUAGAAAAAAAAUCAAUGAUUGUCAAAUAGGAAAGGACAAAAUCAGUAGUUGGGACUGGGAGGGGAAUUGUUUUCCAGCUGCUAAAACAGUGGAGGAAAUGCAAAAAUUAAACCAGCGAAAGCAAUCACUUGACAGUGUCCUUUUAAGUUUAAGCUCCUAUAUUAGGAAGCUGCCUCUGGGGAGUUAGUCCAGCCAUAGAUUGUUUGUCCAGAGUGUUCCCAGUUAAUAUGCUUCAGCUACACAUUGGGCUGUGUUUUACAUGAGGCUUUGUUGGAGUAAUGUGACUUCUGUAAAGGCUCCUACCCAUGCCUUCACUUUGUGUUCUUCCCAUGUGACUCAGACACACACACACUUGCCGAGUGUUUGUGUAGGCAUUGCUUUUGUGUACCUUGCACACCAUAGACAUGUACCAAUCACAGCCUUUCCACUUCUAGCCUCUGCAGUCUCACUGUUGAAUCCCAUCUUGAGCAAAUAUUUAUGUGUGUGUGUGAGGUGUUAAUCUAAUAAAUUAUCCAGGGGUUUCCUUUAA